GGCUGCGCUCCUCCCCGCCCACUCCAGGGUUCUUGCCGCAGCUGCAGGGAGCCAAACCCCGCCCCCUCGUCCCCGCGUGCAACCGGCUGACUGGCGAAUGAGACUCGGCGUCCUCCCGGCAAGCCCAUUGUCUGCAUUGAGGCGCCGGCGGGAAGCGCGAGAGGAGCGAAGCCAGCAGCGUCGACGACGACCUUCCCCGCCAGACGCGUCCCGGGUGCUCACUUACACACCCAGAACAAACCAGAAGCACCGGCAGGAAGGGAGCCGCGCUCUGGCGCGAUGCGGAGCUCCGACAGCCCCUCUGCUGAGAGACGGCACCAAGGAGUAGCCCCGGUUCCUCGGGACCUCUGCAGCUGCUGAAAGGAGAAAGAGGCUAGGCCGCCUCCGGAGACUCCCAAGUUUGCUCUGACAGGAGGAGCCUUUCCUAUUCUCUUCCCCCACCUAUGGAGACUUUGAGCGCCGUGCGAGCUAAAGUAGGAGCCAGAAGCCCUGUUGGCUGUGAAGCAGCAGGUACCGGCGAACCCCAACCCAUUUGUUCUUCAGCUAGCCGAGGAUCUCCCGCGCCGGCGGCCUCGGAUUCCCCCGCUUAUAGACUUGAGGACCUGGAGACCUUGGCUACUGUGGGGACAGGCACUUUUGGGAGAGUUCACCUGGUGAGAGAGAAGGCUGCUAAAUGCUACUUUGCAUUGAAAGUAAUGAGCAUUCCAGAUGUUAUUCGGCUAAAACAAGAACAACAUGUACACAAUGAGAAAUCUGUUUUGAAAGAAGUGAAUCAUCCAUUUCUGAUCAGAUUAUAUUGGACUAAUCACGAUGAACGAUUUCUAUAUAUGUUGAUGGAAUAUGUACCAGGAGGUGAACUUUUUAGCUAUCUACGCAAUAUGGGACGCUUUAAUAACGGCACUGGACUAUUUUACUCUGCAGAGAUAAUUUGUGCAAUAGAAUACCUCCAUUCAAAAGAAAUUGUUUACAGAGACUUAAAACCAGAAAAUAUUUUAUUAGACAAAGAGGGGCAUAUCAAACUCACAGACUUUGGCUUUGCUAAAAAGCUUGUUGAUAGGACGUGGACACUCUGUGGAACACCAGAAUAUCUUGCACCAGAAGUCAUACAAAGUAAAGGUCAUGGAAGGGCAGUAGACUGGUGGGCCCUGGGCAUACUGAUAUUUGAGAUGUUAUCUGGAUUUCCCCCAUUUUUUGAUGACAACCCAUUUGGAAUAUAUCAGAAGAUUCUAGCUGGUAAAAUAGAUUUCCCCAGGCACCUGGAUUUAUAUGUAAAGGAUCUUAUUAAAAAGCUUCUUGUGGUUGACAGAACAAGACGACUAGGAAACAUGAAGAAUGGAGCUGAUGAUGUGAAGAGACACCGAUGGUUCAGGUCUAUAGACUGGGAUGCUGUACCACAGAGGAAAUUAAAGCCUCCUAUAGUGCCGAAAGUAUCAAAUGAUGGCGAUACAUCUAAUUUUGAAGCUUACCCUGAAGAUGACUGGAACAAAAUACCACCAGUACCUCCAAAAGAUUUAGAAAUUUUCAAAAACUUCUAAGUGUGUGAUACAUCAAAUUAUUAAGAAAUUGAAAGAAGAUUGGUGUGAUAGGUGAAAACUGGAAAAGAAGAACAGAAAAUACUUCCAAAAAAUCUUGAAAAUGAAUAUGACUGCAUUAUGCAUAGAUAUUUUUUUUAAAAAAAAGACAUGUUAAAAGUUGAAAAAAUAGAUACUAUUCAGUAGUAUAGAAUUGGCAUUCAUUCAGUUAAAAAGAUACUGAAGCAGAAGAAAAUAUAGGGUUUCUAAAUUUGAAUUUAGUUUUGUUGACCCCAAAUUUUAUUUGCAUACUUAUUUCAUACCCUAGUUGUAUAAGUUGAUACUAAAAUUGUCCUGUAAAGCACAAGUUAGUGUAUAUUUAUAUAAUGAAAUCAGUAAAUCUAAAGCACAGAAACUGUGCAGAAAUGUAAAUUUUUGUAUUUUACAGAGUCUAUGGUUUUUAUUCUUAAACGUUUUCCAAGAUGCUGCCUAGAAGUAAAACAAAUCUUGAAAUGA